CACCAGUUAAUGCAUGAACAAACAUUAGGUUGCACUUGAUUUACGUGCUGUAUGGAUGCAAGUGGAUGCUCUAUGUUGGCCAUUGUUUAACAAGGUGGUGUACACUUCAACAAUAAUUUCUAUUGGAAUUGGGUUUCCAAAGAACCUCUCAAAACUAUAAAUACACUUAUGUACUAUCCAUACUUCACAGCCAACAAUAGUCAUUGACAUCCUCAAGUAUUUAGAAAGAAAGAAAAAACUUGUGUUUCAAAUCUUUUCUUCCUUCUCGUUCCUUCAAACAAGAACAAAAAUGGGUUUUCGUUUACUUGCUAUUCGACGAGCAUCAUUCACUUCUAGCCAAGCAGCUUCAAAAUCUGUUAAAGUUUCGAAGGGCUAUCUUGCAGUGUAUGUUGGAGAAGAACAGAAGAGGUUUGUAAUCCCUGUAUCAUACUUGAACCAACCUUCAUUUCAAGAAUUGCUGAGUCAAGCUGAGGACGAGUUUGGAUAUGAUCAUCCCAUGGGUGGCCUCACAAUUCCUUGCAGCGAAGAUGUCUUCCAACAGAUAACUACUCACUUGAAUGGGCUCUAAAUCUCACACUAAGGGAAACUGACAUAGUGAUUAGUAGAGACGAUUUUGUACAAUAGUCAUUUUCUUAUAACUUGUAAAUAUUACCCAUUUUCAUGGGAAAUGGAAAAAACAUUACUAUUAGAAUGACAAAUUGAUAAACAGAUUUGGUCCUCUAUUUUUUGGUUUAAUUACAAUGAAUUCAGAUACCAAUUGUUUCUGCAUAUCAAUUACAAUAUUCACUUCUUCCUUAAAUUAGGACCCUGUGCAUUAGU